GUUUCGGAAUUCUAUUCAUUAACUACAGAGGCUCGAUCGGUUCCGGACAAAGUAGUGUUGAAUUUUUGUUGGGAAAAAUUGGAAGGUCUGACGUGGCCGACUGUAUAACCGCAAUAGACAAGGCACUCGAAACUUUGCCCUGUCUUGAUCCCUAUAAUUUAGCCCUAUUCGGGGGUUCGUAUGGAGGUUUCCUCGUUACCCAUCUCAGUGGACAAUACCCAGAAAGAUUCAAUUCCGUCGUGGCUCAUAAUCCUAUUAUAGAUAUGGCUUCCAUGAAUUUAAUGUCUCAUAUACCCGACUGGUGCUAUGUAGAAGUCGGCGUAGAAUACACCCAACGGGGUAAAAUCGAUAAUGAUAUUCUAAUUGCCAUGAGAAAGGCAUCCCCCAUCGUGCAUGCACAUAAAGUUAAGGCGCCGACAUUGCUGCAAAUUGGUACGAAAGACCUAAGGGUACCUUCGCAUCAGGGAACUGAAUAUUAUUUGCGACUUAAAGCUAACGGAGUGCAUACCAG